CCUCAGUCUCUGACAGUAAGGGUGAUGUCAUCAGCCGGCGCCUUGUCAUUCAUCACCCGGUGAAGAGAUAGCAUGGCUUCGCUGUCCGGAUUUCUGCGUGCCAAGCUCAUCUUCUGGCAGCAGACCGGACUCUUCCACUCGGGUGUCAGAUUAUUGGCAGCAGACAAGGACCUUCUGGUGAAACUAAGGAAGAAAACUGGCUAUUCGUUUAUAAACUGCAAGAAAGCACUGGAGAAGUUCAGCAAUGAUGCCAAGCAAGCAGAAACAUGGCUACAUCAGCAGGCUCAGAAGGAAGGAUGGAAUAAAGCUUCCAAACUACAAGGAAGAAAGACUACAGAAGGCCUUGUGGGACUGUUACAGGAAGGGAACACGGCUGUGAUGGUGGAGGUGAAUUGCGAAACUGACUUUGUUGCCAGAAAUGUGAAGUUUCAGCUGCUGGUCCAGCAGGUGGCAGUAGGGACACUGAGGUACUGCCAGGGCCGCGAGCAGAACCUGUCUUCCUACCUAAAGGGGUUUUUGAGUGCCGAUGAGUUAUUACAGAUGAAAACAGAUGAGACAUUAAUUAAAGACCAGCUGGCUAUGGCAAUAGGAAAGCUUGGAGAAAAUAUGACAGUGAAGAGAGCUGCCUGGGUGAUGACUCCUUCCAACAUUUUCAUUGGUUCCUACAUGCAUGGCACCCUACCCGUGGACGUCGCCUCCCUGUCAAACAUGAUGUUUGGAAAAUACGGGGCUCUUGUUUUAUACCAGGCAGCUGACAGCAGUGCCAAAAGCAGUAUCUCUGAACUUGGACGCAGGCUUGGCCAACAUGUAGUGGGCAUGAGUCCUUUGUCAGUGGGAUCCAUAGAGGAUGAGUCAAGUGGAGAGAUGGAGACCAGGAUGCUGGCCCAGCCCUACCUUCUAGAGCCCAGCCUCACUGUGGGACAGUAUGUGCAGCCAAGAGGGGUGCAGGUACUGGACUUUGUGCGUUUUGAAUGUGGGGAAGAAACAGAGCCCACAGAAGCCAGAUAACUUGUUUACCUGGAGGAUCCGGGAAAAUAUUUUGAAUACUUUUUGCAAAUGUAAAAUAAAGUUAAGAUGAAACAAUUAAA